AUGGUCUCAACCACUGCCACUGAUUCGACCCAUGUCACCACUGCCUCCUCCGGAGCGACAUCAACACCAGGUCUGCCAGUGCUCUCGCCUCCUGCUAUCUCAGAAGAGUCUCCUAACCUGUUCAAUUUAGUCGGUGCAACUUCCAACCCUCAGGUGUCUUCCUCAGGUCCUGUUCCCAAAAGCGAUUCGGCUAGCCAGUCUUUGAAGCCGGAAACAGCCACCGGAGUUGCAGCUCUGCCAAACCGGGCGCCUAGGAACAACGUUCCUCGGUCCAUUUCAUCUAGUCGCAGACUUAGCACGCCGAGUCAGAAGUCGGUUGAGAUACCCGUGAAGGAGACAAAGAAAGUCGUCGGAACGGUCGGCGUAUGUGCGCUGGAUGUAAAAGCCAGAAGCCGUCCAAGCCGGCAGAUCCUGACGAGGCUCCAAGCUGACGGCGAAUUUGAGGUUGUGAUUUUUGGUGACAAGGCCAUCCUCGAUGAAGAUGUCGCAAAUUGGCCAGUCUGUGACUUCCUUGUGGCUUUCUUCUCCGAUGGCUUUCCUCUGGAUAAGGCCAUUGAGUACGUGCAGUUGCGCAAACCAUUUGUGGUAAACGAUCUUGCGAUGCAGAAGGUUUUGUGGGACCGCAGAAUCUGCCUCAGAAUCUUGGAUCAAAUGCAGGUCCCUACUCCAAAACGCAUUGAGAUUAAUCGUGACGGAGGCCCGAAACUCGAUUCUCCAGAACUAGCACAGCACAUGCGAAAAAUGAAUGGCGUCAGUCUUCCGGGCCCAUCGAGUGGCGUAGGGGGCGGUCUUGCACCACCCAGGUCUGUCGAGAUGCCGGAUAACGACACUUUGCUGGUUGAUGGCCUAUCCAUCAAGAAACCUUUCGUUGAAAAGCCGGUCAGCGGGGAAGACCACAACAUCAUUGUCUACUUUCCCGAGAGUUACGACGGCGGAGGUGGUCGUCGGCUUUUCAGAAAAGUUGGCAACAAGUCCUCAGAGUUCGAUCCGAAGCUGAUCGUACCCCGCUGCAUGACGGAGCCAUCAAACAGCUUCAUCUAUGAACAAUUCCUGAAGACUGAGAAUGCUGAAGAUGUUAAGGCAUACACCGUGGGCCAUGACUAUUGCCAUGCCGAGACGCGCAAGUCUCCUGCAGUUGAUGGUCUCGUUAAGCGCAACACUCACGGCAAAGAGAUGCGAUAUGUGACCAACCUCAGUCCUGCCGAAAAGGAAAUGGCCUCCAGAGUCAGCAGAGGCUUUGGGCAACGAAUUUGCGGCUUGGAUCUGCUUCGCGCGAACGGCCAGAGCUUCGUCAUCGAUGUCAACGGGUGGAGUUUCGUGAAAGAUAACGAAGGCUACUAUAAUGAGUGUGCCAAGAUACUCAAAGGCAUGUUCUACAACGAGAAAUUGAAGCAAGAUGGCGUGUCAGCCGACGAUACAUCCUCAGACGGUCGCGGGGAAGCGUCUCCAAACCGCCGGGAUACAAGCACCAGUGUUGGAGGCUCGCAUUCCCAUCGCCAAGCUCUCAAAAGCAUUUUCAAGUCACCCAGCAUAACCAAAUUGUCGCAGCAUAUGCCACAUUCAAGGAACCAUCAACAUGGAGCAUCCUCGCCCAAGACUUCAUCCGUCACGACUCCCAUCAGUUCUCCCCCGACUAUGGAACGUUCUAUGGGAAGUAUUGUUCCUGGGACGAAGAGUUCCGAGCCUGAUGCAGUACUGCCGCCGCCGAGUAUUACUGAGCCUGCUGUUUCAGACACAGCUUUGAUCGAAGCUCCCGGGGUAUCCGAGCAGGCGCAAGGCCCAGAGACCACAGCGCCAAUGCCUAGCUCCAAGCACUCCUGGAAGUUGAAGGGCGUGGUUACCGUGAUCCGUCAUGCCGAUCGGACUCCGAAACAGAAGAUCAAGUUCACGGCUCAUUCCCAGGUCUUUGUUGAUUUACUCAAAGGCCAUCAUGAAGAGGUCUUGCUAAAGGGAGAAGCUGCUUUAGCCAGCGUUGAAGCUGCCGUCAAAACCGCACAGCGAGAAAAUCUCGAAGACCAGGAUAAGCUCCGAAACUUGCGCAAUGCCUUGGCACGAAAGCGCAGCCACCCAGCUACAAAAGUUCAGAUCAAGCCAAUGUUCCGAAAGCGCAGACCAGAUGAUGCUCUUCCGGGCUCGUCAUCCCCUAAUCUCGAGAAAUCUAUUCCUGAGCAUGCCGAGGCCCACAUCCCGCAGUCCCCUUUGUCUCCUCCUCUUGGUGACGAAAUGAAGAAGACGACAACGAGGAGCGACUCGAUCUCGGGCGCGACGUUCUCGCGAUAUUCAGCAGCUGAACACGAUCUGGUUUUGGACAAGCUCCAGCUGGUCAUGAAGUGGGGCGGAGAGCCAACACACUCGGCUCGCUACCAAUCUCAAGAUCUUGGCCAGAACAUGAGGGAUGACUUCAAACUACUGAAUAGAAAGGUUUUGGACGAUGUGCGGAUCUUCACCAGCUCUGAGAAGCGUGUCCGCACGAGUGCUCAGAUCUGGGCCGCGGCUUUCCUGGGUCGCGACGAUAUCUCUGAAGACUAUAUACAGGUGCGGAAGGACCUGCUAGAUGAUUCCAACGCCGCCAAAGACGUCAUGGACAAGGUCAAGAAGAAGCUUAAGCACCUUCUUCGCGAGGGAAACUCGGUACCGGAGGAAUUUGCCUGGCCUAAGGACGUUCCGGAACCCUUUAUCGUCAUGCAAAGUGUGAUUGAUCUUCUACGAUUCCACCGAAAGGUCAUGCGCUACAACUUCAAGAAGCUCAGCGGCGGAGCCGCGGCCUCGCUAGCAGCCAUCAAUUCACCCGAGAGCAAAAGCAGCAGUAAUUCCCGAGAAGCCGUUGACGUCAAUUCGGUUCAAGCAAGAUGGUGCACCGGCGAGGAUGCGGAACUUUUCAAAGAGCGAUGGGAGAAGCUGUUUGCCGAAUUUUGUGAUACAGACAAGGCGGAUCCGAGCAAGGUCUCGGAGCUCUACGAUACGAUGAAGUACGAUGCACUGCACAACAAAGCCUUUCUGGAAUGGGUGUUUACACCAAGUCAAACCGUCAUUGACGAGAUCGAGCUCGAGGAAGCCACAAGCUCACAGCUUGUUUCCCCAGAGUCUGAGAAAGAGGAUCCGGUACCAGGUGUGGACCGGCAGGACACUACCACAUCGCUUUCGCCCAGUGAUCGCCAUUCUCUUGCCAAGAAGAUGGGGUUCAGACGGCGGUCGGUCCUGGCUCAGCCGCCAUCGACGCCACCAUUGACUAGCUACGAGCAGGAUGCUUCGUAUUUCAAAUUGUUUGGUGGCAGUGGAGACACCAGAGGAAAGCAGGAUAAGCGCCUUGCUCGGCUGCGAGGGCUGUAUCGAUACGCCAAGAUACUCUUCGAUUACAUCGGUCCUCAAGAAUAUGGCAUCUCGGACCAUGAAAAGCUGGAGAUUGGGUUGCUAACCUCUUUACCACUACUCCGAGAGAUCGUACAGGAUCUUGAGGAGUUGCAAGCUACCGGAGAUGCGAAGAGCUUUGUAUACUUCACCAAGGAGUCUCAUGUCUACACGCUGCUGAAUUGCAUCAUGGAGGGUGGCAUAGAGACCAAGAUUAAGCGGGCCGCCAUACCAGAGCUUGACUACCUGAGUCAAAUCUGCUUUGAACUGUAUGAGGCACAAGACGCGGACACGAAGGAAUCGGCAUACUCAAUCCGCAUCAGUAUCAGCCCAGGUUGCCAUACCAUCGAUCCUAUUGACAUUUCUCUCGACUCGAAACACGUCAUUGGAUCAGCGCCGCGCAGAAGCCUCACGAACCAUCAAGACUGGAAAGAGGUGAUUUCGACGUUGAAAGCGAAAUUCGACACGGUGCAGCUGCCCAAGAGCUUCUUGGCCAUCAAUGUCAGCGCCAAACACGAAGAGGAUGCUCAGGGGGCUGGCGAACUUAUGCAAGAAGAGGAUUCUCAGCUGAAAUUAAAGCAAACCGACGCAGGUGUAGCAGUCCUCCAGAAUCCCAACCUGGACGCUCGAUGA